CUUUUUUCAAUGCAUUGAAAGAUCAGUUACCGUACUUUGGUAUCUGGUUAUUUGUGAACUGUGGAUUGGAAAUCCACUGCCCAGUGCCAGUGCGCCCCAGCUGCAAGCCCGAAUUUGUCGGGUCCUGGAGUGCAUACUGUAUACAGCACCACCAACCGUCCUUCUUGAAAGUUCACACAUCGCAGCGGACUUUGAACAUCUGCGAUACCUUACCCGUUGUCAGGAACUCUGGUCGUCAUCCCAGGAGCGAACAGCGACACAAUCACAAUUGGUCCUCGCUGGGCCAGGCAAUUGCCAAAGACCGAUUUAGAUCAUUCAACGGAGUUGUCGUUACCGCACCUUGUUCACAAUGUCGUCAUACAACACAUACCACACCAGGAUGGCAGCAUUCAGAGAGGCCAGCCGCGAAUCCUUGUUCAGCAUCUUCCCGCGCAGCCGCAGCAGGAGAAGCGAGUCGUUGCCUCAAAGUCAGACAUGGCCCGCCGGCAACCAACUCGAAGGCCAGCCACUCGCUCCAACCAACACCGAGCCCCAUCCCCCCAGGUCUUCCUGGAGCCAGAGCCAGGAACCUCCCGCCAACCGGCCAGAAGCUGGAGAGUCCAGGGCCGAGCUUCGGCCUUCCAAUGCCGAUGUUGGCGCCCAGGCACGUGGCAUCGAGACAGAGCCAGCCACCGUCAUCCAAGGCGUCCUGCGCCGCAGAACCUCGGGGGGCAGAGAAAACCCACCAGAUGCUGCUGCCGAGCAAUCCCAAAACACCGAGAAGCCCAAGAAGUCGCGCACCUUCUUCAAGCACCUCACCCCGAAGGAACCCUUUACAGUCCGCAACCAGAUUGAGCGCACCCUGUUCAACUCGUGGAUCAACGUCCUGCUGCUUGCCGCUCCGGCCGGUAUCGCCCUCAACUACGUGCCCUCGGUGAGCGGCGUCGUUGUGUUCGUUGUCAACUUUAUAGCCAUUGUACCCUUGGCUGCCAUGCUUGGCUUUGCAACCGAGGAGAUUGCCCUGCGGACCGGCGAGACGAUGGGUGGGCUGUUGAAUGCCACUUUUGGCAACGCCGUCGAACUGAUCGUCGCCAUCAUCGCCUUGGCGCACAAGGAGGUUGUCAUUGUCCAAACCUCUCUCAUCGGCAGUAUCCUCUCCAACCUGCUCCUCGUUUUGGGCAUGUGUUUCUUCUUCGGCGGGCUCCGCCGGCAGGAGCAAUACUUCAACACCACCGUGGCUCAAACAGCCGCCAGUCUUCUCGCCCUGGCCGUAGCAGCCGUCAUCGUCCCAACCGUCUUCGACAUUGCGAGCAAGACGCCGCAAUCCGACGUAGCCAAGCUCUCCCGCGGCACCUCAGUCAUCCUCCUGAUUGUCUACGGUGGCUAUCUCUUCUUCCAGCUCAAAACUCACUCCACCGUCUUCGCCCAAGAAAGCCGAAAGGUCGAGGCCAAACCCUUCCGCAGCCAGGACCUCAAAGAAGGCGCCAUUGCCCAGGGCUUCGUGGCACCCGCUGGCGUCAUCGGCGGCCAUGGCCUCCCCUCGAGCACGACCGACAACGAGAAGUUGCGCAGCAUGCUGACCACGCCACCGCGCAAGGGCCUCCAGGACGAAGCCGACGAAGAGGACGGUGAGGAGCCGCAGCUUCACUUCGCCGUCGCCAUCGCCACCCUGACAAUCUCCACCGUUAUUGUCGCGUUGUGCGCCGAGUUCAUGGUCGACGGCAUCAGCGCCGUCACUGCCGGCGGCACGGUAUCCGAGGAGUUUGUCGGCCUGAUCCUCCUGCCCAUUGUCGGCAAUGCCGCCGAGCACUUCACGGCCGUCACGGUCGCCAUCAAGGACAAGAUGGACCUGGCGAUCGGCGUCGCUGUCGGUUCGAGCAUGCAGGUCGCCCUGUUCCUCAUCCCCCUGCUCGUUAUCAUCGGGUGGGGCAUGGGCAUGGACGAGAUGGCGCUGAGCUUUGAUCCGUUCCAGGUCGCUGUGCUCUUUGUGGCCGUGCUGCUGGUGAACUAUCUCAUUGCCGACGGCAAAAGCCAUUGGCUCGAGGGGAUGUUGCUUAUUUGCUUGUACUGCAUCAUUGCAGUGUGUUCGUGGUGGUAUCCCGCUGUGGGGGCGGAGACAAGUGAAUAAUAAACGACUCGAGAUACAACGAGUUAAAACUCCUUGGGUUACUUUAGAGACUAGCGUCUGAGCACGCUGCUGUAAAUAUGGUGGUGGCUGGACAUCCGACAGAUAAGCGAAUUGCCUUCUGAGCGCUCUCCCUUCACAUCCAGCUCUUCCUUAAGUUGCUUCCUGAAUUAGCCCUCAUUUGCUUCUUCCUUCACCCCUUCUAGACUAGAUAUAGAUAGGAGCUCGAGCAAUCAACUUGGAG